CUGCCUGUUACCGACUUCCACCUUCCUCAAUUGUUUUUAGUUUUCGUUCACACCGGUCCUUUUUGACCCUCCUGCUACAAGCUUCCAUAUCCUUUUUCUGUCACCAUUAUCUGCAGUUUUUAUCAUACCAAGAAACCAAUUUGUCAAACCCCUCCGGUGUGUCCACACCAUUUUUUGUUUCCUUACAUCGGAAGAUCCAUUUGGCGGUUCUGAUCAAGCCUUAAUCUCUAUAUAAAUGCUGUUCCAUUCUGGGAACGAAGGAGAUUGAUAGUUGACUGCUAUUGUGGGGUUGGGGUUCAGGUUUUUUGGGGUUCAUGUGCGUGUUGAAAGUGGCGAACGCGAGAAAAUCUGAACAGAGAUUGAGGGUUGAGGGGGUCAGGGACGAUGAGAUGGACGCCGGCGCUGCCUCAGGGGUGAUGUUUCCGGGGCAUAACAGAGAGAGGGAGAUGUCAGCAAUGGUGACUGCUCUCACCAAUGUGGUGGCCGGCCACGUUUCUGAUGAUCUGGUGAACCAGACUGGCUCUGACCCCUGUUGUUUGCUGGGUUCUUGUUCGUGGGGCGCAGGCCACAAGAGAGGACGAGAUGAUCAAGGCCAUGUCUCUGAAUCAGUUUCCACUAUUUCUAGAGCUUUUGGCGAUCUUUCACAUGGAGGAUCAUCAUCUUUCAGAGUUGGAGAAGGUUCAGUGUUGAAUACGAAUACAACGGCAGCCAGUGAGAGUUCAUUAAUGGUUCCCACAUAUGAGUAUGUUGAUACGUACAGAGGAGAGCCAAGGAGGAGAUACAGAGGAGUGAGGCAGAGGCCAUGGGGGAAGUGGGCAGCUGAAAUAAGGGAUCCCCACAGAGCUGCCAGGGUGUGGUUGGGCACAUUCGACUCUGCUGAAGCCGCAGCAAGAGCUUAUGAUGAGGCUGCUCUCCGGUUCAGAGGCAACAAAGCUAAACUCAACUUCCCUGAAAACGUCCAGCUCCGGCCAUCUCCCUCCGGUUCUCAGGCGACCCAGUUGGCCAUUUCCGAUUCUCCAGAAACCCUUUUCUCGGUUCCUUCAUACACCAACCCCAUUGUUCAAUCUCAACCACUUCACCGGAGCCGGAGCUCUGAGCUUCCCGGAGAUUACCUCAACUAUUCUCAGAUGGGUUCGAGCUCUUCCGAUUAUUUUCCGAGGCAGCCCAUGAAUUUAUUAGACCAAAUGCGCCUGGCUUCCCCUUUACAAUCUUCGUCCUCGUUGUCUUCUUCUUCUCCUCUUGGUUCCUCUGUUUCAUCUGCUUCAUCAUCUCCACCUCCUUUUUCCCCGUUUUUUCAGCCACAGCCUCCGUCCGCCGGUCAGAGUGGUGGAGCAGAUAUUCCGGCACCGCCAUGGUCGGACACCAGCCUGUGAUUACUGGUUCCUCUAGAUUGUUCGUUUGUUCCUGUUCGUGAUUUUAUACAUUAGUUGUAUUGUUCUAAUAAACCCACCAAACAGCCCAUUAGAAUCAGAGGAUACAUCAUACUCGGCCUUUUGUAUUUGAUUUCAUCUCAUUUUCGAUACGAGAAAUAAUAAAUACGUAGUUUUUAUUUUUCAA